ACUCGACCUAGCCGUAAACGAAAAUCGAUUAGGCUCGACCUAUUGACUAGUUGAUUUAUGGUCAAAUUCAAUAAAGCUAACCCAAUACUCGAACCAGCCCGAAUCAACCCGAAUCAACACAAAUGUUGAGAAAAACAUUGGCAGCCAUCGCCGAAGGUUGCAUUUACCAACCAUGGCGGAUGAUAUCCCAGAGACAUUCAUCGGGCGCAUCCUCCACUGUCAACACUUUACUACUCCGUUCUCUCAAAGACCAUUACGUUGAAGUCUCUAACAUGGCUCCUCCUCCGAAGGUGAGUGCACCCGCGAAUUUCACAAUUCUUAAAGGAGCAUUAGAUUCUAAUGGUCCAGUGUUAAAAAGGACUUACAAAAAUGAGGAAAUUAGCAUUUCUGUUAUGCGUUUAGCAAAUUUAGCUUCGGAUGAGGAUGAUGAUGAUGGUAGAAUUAAUCAAUUGUUUGUUCAUAUUGAAGUAGCAAAGCCUAAAUUGGAUUAUUCCAUGCAUUUUCUAUGUGGGUUAUACCCGGAUGCACUUGGAAUUCAUUCUGUUGCUCUUAGACCUAAAUUGUCUCAAGAUGGAUUUCUUUUCAUGCCCAACAAAUACAGUGGCCCGCUUUUUGAACAUCUCGAUGAAGCAACAAGAGACGCUUUUCACAAUUAUAUCGAGGAACGUGGUAUAGAUGAGAAUCUUUUUCCCUUCCUUCAAGCAUGGCUUUAUUUAAAGUAUCAUCGGAAUCUUAUGCGUUAUUUUAGAACAGUUGCUAAGUUUAUUAAUGGAUCUGAGAUGUCAAAAGCAACAUACGAUUCAGCACCGUCUGCUGGUGAGUCCAUGACAGCUAAAGGUGCUUGAUAAUCUUGGAAGUUAUGGUUAUAGUUAUAAUGAGUUCUAUGAAACAAUGUACCUUUUGGCUCAACAUAUGUAGGUAACUGUUUGUGUAUCUACACCAAUCCUAUUGUCUUUCGAUUUACACGAUUUGGAUGAGGAAAAUCAUCCUGAUUACAGGUUAAAAUUUUGCUGAAGUUUACCAAUGAUUUUAUUUUUGAUUUCU